CUCGGCGUGUCUUUGGCAUCGGUUAUAUCAUUUUAUAUGUUUACUUAGUAGACCUGUUGUGAUUCUGUCUGUCUUUACCUUUACUUGUCCUCUUUUGUUUCGCUCCGUGUUUGUUUGAGCACUUCAGGGAUGCUAGCAUCAGAGCUGGACAGAUGACCUGCCCCUGUGUCAGAUGUGUGGGGUCGGGAUGGCGCCAAACUGUGUGUAUGGCCCUGAUGGGAAAGGCACCCAGAGCCACCCCAGUGAGGAUGGACACUUCAGGUUCAGAGGGGAGGAUGGCUGUUUCCUGUACGGCGUCUUUAAUGGUUACGAUGGCAGCAGAGUGGCCAGUUUUGCUUCCCAGCGUUUGACAGCUGAACUGCUGCUUGGGCAGCUGAACUCCAGUCACACGGACAGUGAUGUCCGCAGGAUCUUCACACAGGCCUUUGAUGUUGUGGAAAAAAGCUACUUUGAGACGAUCGAUGAUGCUUUGGCUGAGAAAGCUCAUUUGUCCAACUACCUCGUACCGCACAAUGAGAACGUGUCAUUCCAGCAGCUUUCUCCUCAAAGCCAGAAGGUUCAGGAGCGUCUAAAGGAGCUUGAACAGGAAGUGUCAGGUGGCGCUACAGCCGUGGUGGCAUUGAUCCUCAACAACAAGCUCUAUAUUGCCAAUGUUGGUACUAACAGGGCCCUGCUGUGCAAAGCAAGCAGCGAUGGCCAGAACCAGGUUGUCCAGAUUGGACGACCACACAGCACCAACAAUGACGAGGAGCUGCAGAGACUGGCUGCACUGGGAGUGGAUUCAUCCCGUGUGAGGCAGGCAGGGCAGAUCGCUGGCCAGAGCAGCACCCGGAGGCUCGGAGACUACAGAGUCAAAUUCAACUACACGGACAUCGACCUGCUGAGUGCAGCCAAGAGUAAACCCAUCAUUGCUGAGCCAGAGAUUCAUGGCAGUCACUCUUUGGACAAUGUGACAGGCUUCCUGUUGCUGAUGUCAGAAGGUCUCAUCAAUGCUCUGGAGUCCGCCCAUGGAGCUGAACAAGCCAAUCAGGAAAUUGUUGCCAUGGUAGCAGCAGAGCUGGCCCUGCAGACCAGUCUGGAGGCCGUGGCUCAGUCGGUCGUGGAACGCAUUAGGCGACUGCACCAUGACGUCUUUGUGUCCGGUCGUCAGAGGGCAGCAUACUGCUCUCGGCACGAGGACAUGACCCUGCUCAUCCGCACCCUGAACUACCCGCUGGCUGAUGGAGUGCUCACACCCACGCAGGGUGGUCGUAUUUACCCCGUGUCGGUGCCGUACUCCAACAGCCAGAGCACCAGUAAGACCAGUGUCACCCUCUCACUGGUCAUGCCCUCCCAAAGCACUCUGACCAACGGAACCAACACCGCCUCCACCCUGGAAGAAGGAACCCCCACUCCAGGCAGUCAGAGUCCCACAGCCACCCUCCAGUCCACAAACACCCAGACGCAGAGCUCCAGCUCCAGCUCGGGAGAUGGAAGUCUGUUCCGACAGAGGGGCAGCCAGGCGGCUCAGCCCGACGAGACGGGCCGAGUUCAACCUUAUGUGGACUUCAGCGAGUUCUACGUCCUGUGGGGAACCGAUCACAGUAGCGGACAGAACACGCAGUCAAACCCUGGACCCCAGUGAGGACUGAAGAAGGGAACAUAGUGUGACGGGGGCCAAUGAAGCGCAUGGAUUUUGAUGCGACUAUAAGAUUUUUAAGAAGUGUUUGUACAUGGCUGUGAUGACUGGUAGAAUAUAUUAACAAUAUAGAAUAUCUAAGAAUAUGUGACCUAAGGUGCACGUGGACACAUGGAGGAGGGAGCAGGGUUUUCUACGCACAUAUAAUCCUUUAUAAAGUGUGAACAUAGUGUCAGGAAAUGCCACACAAUAUUUUCUCUUUUUAUCCAAAGCCUUAAAAUUACAGUUGUGUAUUUGAAAAUAAACAUAAAGCCUUAAAGGACAUGUCGCAGCAAAAUUGUAACAAUUUAGAUUUAGGCUGUUAGUGAGCAUCCGAUGAUCCACCGGGAUUACGUUAUGCACUUCCAUGACCGGUUUUAAAGUGUACGUCAUUCGCAAAAAACAGCUACAGAGACGUCUGAAAACAAAGUACUCGUCAGUACUCGGGUGUUUCCGACAAGUGACGUCGCAACUAGAAGCGUCCCAGCAUGCGCUUCAGUGGAAUGCAGCUGAUAACGUUAAGAACGGAGGCUCAUAUUAAUUCACAAGUUGACAUAAGUGUGAUGUCAUGUUAUGAUGACUCGUUUUUAAGUGAUAGUAACUGUUAAUUUUGAUGGAGUCAUGGUAAAAUCUGCGGCUCCAAGAAGGUUUCUGUGCACCUGCACAGCCGUGAGUCAUAAACGCAGCCUGUCAAUAACCAUCUCUGCUCCACGAUCAGCUUUGUGCACAAUUAACUAUGAGUGUUGUUAUCAAUAAAAUCUAAAAAAAAUACAUCUGCUGCUGGGGGAAAACAAGUGUCUCGUCAACUGCACAGCGCAUGUGCGUACACGUACACACACACACACACACACACACAGUGAGCUUCGCAGCACACAUACACAGCUCCAAAUUUACACUCUCUUACAGUAAAAAAAAAAAAGAAAUCUAGCCACAAAACACAAAAGGGGAACAUGCCAGACUCACCGUCGUGUUGUGGAUUAAUUUCCAAAUGUAAACACGAUCAAAGAAACGGAUGCACGUGAAAUUGCCGGCUGCAGCUCUGCCUUUCUCUCGAUCAUGGCACGUAAAAUAACCUCCAUGAACUCCUGGAAAUAAUGUAUUCUGACUUUUUCCAAUGUAACAAAUUCAUCUCUGUGUCCAGGCAGUCUGUUAAAAACGGUGUCAGAUGUCCUGCAUCCAUGUCCACAGCUUCAGUAAACCAGCAUCCACACAAACAGAGCAUCACUUUAGGCUCCAAAAUCCGACACACUGAAAAAGUUAAGAGUUUCCGGGUGAAGCAUAUCAUCUGCUCUCUGUAAAUCCGAGCCAUCACUUUCCAACAGCAGCUUAGAAACGUCAUUUUUGUACGGAGCAGGUUCUUUUCCCUCUGUCUGUCAGUCAGUCAUUGGGAUGUUUCUGUUUUGCUUAUAAGUGCAUCAGACACUGAAAAAUGCUGAAAAUUGUAGAGUGAAACGUUUUCCGGAAAUGCACCUGCUAACUUUCAGAGUGAGAGGAAUAAAAUACAUCAGAUAUCACUAUUUAUUAGUACAUGUGUGCAGAGACUCUUACAGUCAUGAGUACUUUUAUGUUGUCUUACUAACUGGGACGUUAAAAAAACGUGAGACAUGUCCUCUAAAAAGUUUUUCAACAUGAAUGGAUGUAUUGAAAGUUACUUACUUUUAAUUAACUUUAUUCAUUCCUGAGCAAAAUUUCCAAAUUUCCUUGAACAAGGAACAAAAGAAGAUACAUCUUGUAAACAUUGUCCGAUAUAACAAAAAGUAUUUAAAGAAAAUUCUGAUGAAACUCAAGUCAGCCUCUGUUAGCUCCUCUUCAUCCCAGUACUCGGAGAUAACCAAUGUGUCACCAUGGUUACAUGCAUCAUAACUUCAUUAAUGGCAAUUGUGGUUAUUUUUAAUGAAUAAAGACCAUGUCAUUUUUCCAAACAUGCCACAUUGAUGCCAUAAAAUAAGACUUUGAGACAUAGUGGGAAGCCUGUCAAUGCAUUUUGCAUAUAUAUAUAUAUAUGUAUUUAACUCUUGACUACGCUGUUCUUCCCCCAAACCUUUGGAAAAGCUUUCAUAUGGUUUAAAAAAAUAAUUAUAGCAGUAAGAGUUGUUAUGGACACCCCUUCUUGCUUUCCAUUUCCCUGCUACAGGGUCCAUUAAGCGAAAUAUGUAAAGCUACAACUGUGUUUCCGUGAACAUGCUUCCCAAUAAGAAUAGUUUGCCAUCAAAGGAGUGGCGGCUGCACAGUAAAGAGCCUCACUCCGAAAACCUUAGCAGACUGACAGGGCUAAGCUAAUGCUAGUUAAGUUUUUUCUCCUAAAAACAGAGAUGGGCAUUAAUAUAUUUUGUUUGGAA